UACAAUUACAAUCUACAAGAACGAAUGAAUUAGAAAGUCAUAAUCAAUGACGUUGCAACUUGCAUAAACUUGGAUUUAUGCAUCCAGUAAUUUUUUAAAAACUGAAUUCAAAAUUAUAAAUUUUUAAAAAAUUGCAUAGAAAGACAACAAAAAAAAAAAAACGAAUCAGGUUUAUUUCAAGACAAUUUUGGGCAUUAGCGGAUCUCUUUGCUAGUCUGCUACCCAUCAGGCAUCACAUCAGGGUUUUUAUUUGGUUGCUUGUUGCAUUGUUAUUCAACUCAAUGAUGGUAAAAUUCAAACUAUUGUAGCAAUUAAACUUGCCCAGGAUUCAUAAUUGCUGUAAAGUAAACCAUGUGGAUGCAAAGCAGGGAAUUCCUUGCAAAUCUAUUAGAAUCUUGCAUCAAACAUAAAGCCCACAAAGUUGGGAAGCUUCUUCAUGCUCAAAUUCUUCGCACGGGCUUCUCUUGUCAGACCUUCUUUUCGAACCGUCUCGUUGAUUUUUACUCCAAAUGUAACAAUCCCAGUUACGCUCUCCGUGUGUUCGACUUAAUGCCUGAGAGAGACAUCUUUUCUUGGAAUUCUGUUCUAAGUGCAUUGUGUGCAGUCAAUAGAUUGCGUGAUGCAGCGCUAGUGUUUGAUGAAAUGCCUGAAAGAAAUGUUGUCUCUUGGAAUAAUAUGAUCAGUGCUUUUGUUAAAAAUAGUGAUCAUAAUAAAGCUUUGGGAAUGUAUCUUUUAAUGAUAUCUGAAGGUUUAGUGCCAACCCAUUUUACUUUGGCAAGCAUUUUUAGUGCUUGUGGUGUUUUGUUAAAGCUAGAUUUUGGUAGGUUGUGUCAUGGUCUUGCUAUCAAAGUUGGUGCGGACCAGAAUAUGUAUGUGGGCAAUGCUUUGCUCUCUAUGUAUGCCAAGUGUAGGAGUAUAGGUGAUGCUUUUUGCACUUUCAAAGAAUUGCCAGCACCUAAUGAAGUGUCUUUCACGGCAUUGAUGGGUGGGUUGAAAGAGGCUCAAAGGGUUGAAGAGGCAUUAAGAGUGUUCAAGCUUAUGCACAAGACUAAAGGUUUCCUAGAUGCUGUCUCACUGUCCAGCAUUCUCGGUGUCUGUACUGGACGAGAGGGUGAUGGUUUCAGGCAUAAUAUGCAUGGAAAGCUAAUUCAUAAUCUUUCUAUCAAGCUUGGAUAUCAAGAUGAUUUUUAUUUGGUUAAUUCACUGCUUGACAUGUAUGCCAAGAACAGUGACAUGGAUAGUGCUGAGAUUAUUUUUCAAAACAUGUCCAAACGAAGUUCUGUUUCAUGGAAUAUCAUGAUUGCUGGUUAUGGUGAAAUUUACAAGUGUGAUAAGGCUUUAGAGCUAAUGGAGAGUAUGACAUUUUUUGGUUGUCAACCAGAUGAUGUCACUUUCAUCAAUGUCAUAGCUUCAUGUGUAAAAACGGGUUAUGUUGAAGUUGGGCGUCAAGUAUUUGACAAGCUCGUAUUCCCAAGCUUGAGCUCAUGGAAUGCAAUGAUUUCUGGAUAUUCACAAGUUAAAAAGUAUGAUGAGGCAAUAUCUCUUUUUAAAGAAAUGCACUUUAAGAAUGUGAAACCUGAUUGCACUACUCUGGCUAUUGUUCUUGCCUCUUGUGCAGAGAUUGCUCUUCUGGAAUGUGGAAAACAGGUCCAUGCUAUCGCACUAAAGGAAAAUUUGAAUGUUGACGUUUAUGUUGGUAGUGGGCUUAUUACCUUGUAUUCUCGAAGCGGUAAAGUGGAUAGUGCCAAGUCCAUUUUUCUAGAACUUCCUGCAGUGGACAUCGUGUGCUGGAAUUCUAUGAUUGCUGGAUUUGCUCUUAAUUCUCUAGAAAAGCAGGCUUUUGAAUUUUACAAUAACAUGAGAAGGAGGAAUAUGACCCCUACUCAGUUUUCCUAUGCUACAAUGCUGAGUUGCUGUGCUAAACAGUCCUUUUCAUCGCAAGGUAGACAAAUCCAUGCUCAAAUAUUAAAAGUUGGAUGUGAAAGUGAAGUAUUUGUAGGAAGUGCUCUUAUAGACAUGUAUUGUAAAUGUGGUAAUGUAGAACGAGGCCGAAAAGUAUUUGAUGCAAUGCCUGAAAAAAAUACUGUUAUUUGGAAUGAAUUGAUACAUGGGUAUGCACAAAAUGGUUUUGGGGAUGAGGCAAUGCAUAUAUAUAACUGUAUGGUUAGAGGAGGUAGUAAACCUGAUGAUAUAACUUUUAUAGCUGUUCUCACUGCUUGCAGCCAUUCUGGAUUGGUUGAUGAAGGGAUCAAGAUAUUUGAAUCUAUGAAAAUAGAGCAUAAAGUGGAACCACUUGUGGACCACUACACCUGUAUUAUUGAUGCUCUGGGCAGAGCUGGGAGGUUGUGUGAAGCAGAAAUGCUCAUAAGAAGGAUGCCAUGUAAAGAUGACCCUGUCAUAUGGGAAGUGCUGCUUAGCUCAUGUAGAUUGUACUGUGACAUUAUUGUAGCACAAAAUGCUGCUAACGAACUUUUGUCCCUAAAUCCUAGAAGUUCUACUCCAUAUGUUCUUCUAGCAAAUGUAUAUUCUUCUAUGGGAAAGUGGGAAGAAGUUAGGGCGAUUAGAGAGCUCAUGAGCAAUAACAAUGUGGGUAAGGAUGCUGGUUAUAGUUGGAUAGAAAGUAAAAAUGAUCAUGGAUCUUUGGAAUUUGAUGAUCUACGUAUUCUUCCCUCUCGAUGA